AUGCCACCCGCGGUGCCGGCAGAUGAGACUGCUAGGCGCAGGCGACCGGGCAGAAAGUAUACGUCCCGAGCUUGUCAGGCAUGCCGACAGCGAAGGGCCAAGUGUGAUGGUGUUCGGCCAUCUUGCUCUCGUUGCAUCGACCGUGGUGUUCAAUGUCAGUAUUCUACUGCAGAGGAUGGACGGCAACCAGCACCGAAGUCCUACGUAGUUAUGUUGCGCACCAGAAUUGAGCUUUUAGAGCGCAUCUUGCACUCUCACGGGAUUGACCCUGAUGCUGCCAUUCAACUCAUCACUGAAACAAACGACAACCCUGACAGAGAGGCCGAGACAAAGUGGGCUCCGGCCUGUUCCAACGUGGAUGAUGACCUGAGUGCUACGUUUGACGGCGCACUGACACUAGACGAGUCACUGAACUUUGACCAAGAUGGUGAGGUGCGGUAUUUUGGACCAACAAGUGGGCGGUUACUGUUUCGCUCUUCAUCAAAAGAUUCCCCAAGCGACGAUGCAUAUCAGCCAGACAGCCCUUACACAGGGACUUGUGAAAACCAACCCAAUGGGUGCACAGAGUUACUAGAAGCAAGCUCGAUAUCAGAAGAGCUCCGAUCCCAUUUGAUCGACUUGUACUUCGAAUGGGAGCAACCAUGGUUCCAAAUGGUGAAUGAAAAGCUGUUUCGAGAGUCUAUGAUGAAUGGCGGAAGAUAUUAUAGUCCGCUGUUGCUAAACUGCAUUCUCGCUUUAGGAUCGCGAUACUGCGACCGGAUGGAAGUGAGAUCAGAUCCAACUGAUUCAAAUACGGCAGGAAAGAUGUUCAUUGAAAAAGCCGAAAAGUUAAUACCGAACGAUCUCAGAUGGCCCAAGAUUACAACGAUCCAGUCACUAGCACUUAUGGGAAUGGCCAUGGGGUCCGAUGCUGCUGGAUGGCUUCAUCAGGGCAUGGCUAAUCGCCUAGCUCUAGACAUGGGAUUCAACAUGGACCCCUCUGUUCUGUCGGGAGCUGUGGCUCUCCCCCCAUCGAGAUUGAGUUGCGUAGGCAGAUUUAUUGGGCCCUAUACUGCCACGAUAAAUUGUCUGCAAGCUACACAGGCAGAGUUUGCACAGUAUUGGACUCCCAGGGAGUUGUCAACAAACCAUUUCCUUUCUGUGCCUCAGAUGAUCAUCUACCAUCGGCGAGUGGCAAUGGCCAAUUGCGAGCUGCCUCCCAAAGGGACGUGUGUGGAACCCGCUUGCGUGCUUGAACUCAAGACUUGGUUCUACGAUCUCGCCCAGGAGUUAAAAAUCGAUCGUCCAUCGGGUCCCUCCAAAUUUCCUCACACCUACACCUUGUGCAUGGUUUACCAUACUGUGUGCAUCUUACUUUGCGUACCGUUUCUGAACCAUCAAUCUGAUUCCCAAAAUGCCAGCCGCACAGAUCCACAGAUCCAACAAAACAGGAACCACAAAACAUCGCAGGAUGGCUGCAGAGAAAAAGCUAUGACUAUUUGCAGUAAUUCGGCCCGGGCAACGUGCAUUGUUGCUCAAAAGUACAGACAGACAUUUGGUAGCUUUAAGCUGAGCCCGAUAACAACCACCCAUUGUAUGCUCUCAGCGGCUUUGAUUAUAAUCGAGAAAUGUUGUGUCGAUCCUGCCAUGAAAAAUGGAACAGGAAACCAAACCCCACGCGGCCCAUCGCCACAAGCAGCGGUAGGACUAUGUCUCCAAGUUUUGCGCGAACUUUCGACAUCCUGGAACAUUGCGAAGCGUAUCGGACGCAACUUAGAGAAACUCUAUUGCCAGCGACUCGAUUGCGAUGUCGAUCACAUGCCACCCGCUCCUUCGCUGGAAUGCAAUGUCCCAUGUGCGAUGUCAUCUCAACCACCAGAUCUCAAUGUCUGUGCAGGGCAUACAGUUCAACAAUCCGAGCCAAACCAUUGUCUCUUGGACACAGAGAGACUCCAUCUUCAAAGAACCCUUCUGACUCCUCCGCUUGCCAACCUCAACUGGUUUGAUGUUUCUGCUUCAAGAAAUAUCCACGAAGGUCACUUGGAUAGCACAGCUGGAUUUGGGGCUACAACUAAUCCCGAUGAGAUGUUUGUCAACAACCUUGGGUUUGCAUUCUCAGCGGAUUCUCUACCGAGCGACUAUAACAUGUUUGAUACGCUCAAUCAAAUGUAUUUGGAAGACAUAUGGUGA